AAGAGAAGAGAUUAGGCCAAAGCUAUAAUAAGGAAUUGUGUAGAAGAGAAUUUACGAAGGCAAAAGUGUGAAAACUGCCGAGAGAGAUUGAUAACGCAGAUCAAUGGAUUCCAAGGUCGGAGGCAUAUUUGAAUCCAUCGGAAACUUCUUCGGCGGCGGCGACCAGAUCCCUUGGUGUGACCGUGACGUCAUCGCUGGAUGCGAGCGAGAAGUCGCGGAGGCUAGCAACGGGGACAAUGAGGAGAGGAAGAACGAAAGCAUAAUGAGGUUGUCGUGGGCUCUUGUUCAUUCAAGGCAAAAAGAAGAUGUUCAGCGCGGGAUAGCCAUGCUUGAAACUUCUUUGGGCAAUACUAAAAGUCCUUUGCAUCAAAGAGAGAAGCUUUAUCUUCUGGCUGUUGGAUAUUACAGGAGUAACGAUUAUGGUAGGAGUCGGCAACUUUUGGGGCAAUGCCUAGAGAUUGCACCUGAUUGGAGGCAGGCACUGUCCCUCAAGAAAGUAGUUGAAGAUCGAAUUGCUAAAGAUGGUGUUAUAGGAAUUGGCAUCACUGCAACUGCUGUGGGACUCAUAGUUGGUGGCCUUGCUGCAGCAUUGGCCCGGAAGAAUUGAGCAUAUUUUGGCUUCUUUGUUCAUUUUAUGUGCUGCAGAACAUGUUCAAAGUCAAUGACAAACAAGCGUCUACUAUGUACUGACAAAUACCGCUUUUUAACAUCCUAGUUU